AUGGCACUAUCACUUUUCUUGUCUCUGCCAGUUUUAAUUUAUUGCUCAACAAUUUUUGUUGUAGAGGUAAGCAGGCAUGGAGCGAGGACGCCGCUUACUUAUUUUCCGUGGGACACAGCUGAUGGUAGAUGGUCGCCAUACCCAGAAGGGGAGUUAACUCCAGAAGGAAUGAGGCAGCAUUACCUAUUAGGCUAUGAAUUUAGAAAUAGAUACAUUAUCAACACCCGGCUACUUAAUGAAACGUUUUAUCAGCCAGAAAUAAAUGUAUAUUCAACUGAUGUUGACAGGACCCUUCAAAGCGCAGUAUCCCAACUACUUGGAUUAUACCCACCAGGGACAGGCCCAAACCUAAGACUUCCUGAAUUGGAAGAAACAGCUGUUCCUCCAAUUGAAGUCUAUAAUGAAACUGAAAUAAUCCAAGAAUUAGGCCAAUCAGCUCUUCCAAACCACACCCAAGUCAUCCCUGUGCAUACUGAUAGCUUGUCAAGAGAAAUUUUAUUAGUUGCGUCUGAGGACUGUCCAAGAUAUGAUUAUUUAAUGGACUUGAGAAACAAUGCCACAGAUGUUCAAGAACUUAUUGAGGAAAAUGCAAGUCUUCUUACGACUAUUGCCACUUAUUUUAAAGUUUCUGCUAGUGAAGCAGGUAAUAUAUUCCCUGGGCUAGUUGAUAAUUUGAGGGUAAAUAACUGGUAUGGAUAUACAGUGCCAACUGAAUUUCAAGGCAAUUUUUUCACUCAGGCCAAUUCUUUUGCAAAUCAGCUGAAUCAAUUGACGGCAUACACUCCUGAUUUACUAGCAAGAUAUAGGGUUUUACUUUGUGUAGCCCUAUAAGGGCAGAUGAUUCCCGGUGGAAUCGUCGAGUUGGUCAAACCAACUCACUUGUUGGUCGGACCAACUCCUUGUGGUAGGACUAACUCACUCACUUGUUGGUCGGACUAGCUCACUUGCUGGUUGGACUAACUCGAUGAUUCCACCGGGAACCAUCUACUCUUAUAGGACUACUCAGGGUAAAACCCUAUAUGCAGGGAGUGCUUUUCUCUCAACUUUAUCAUAUCUUCUUAACAAUGCCCAAAAAGAAGCCAGCGAUCUAAGGUAUCAGUUUUAUUCUGCCCAUGAUACCACAAUUCUUAACAUUCUCUCAGCUUUACAAUUACCAAAUGGUCAGCAGCCUCCAUUUGCGUCAACCUUGAUUUUUGAAUUAAUCCAAGACGAUGCCAAUCCUACUGUUUAUAACGUAACUUUGGCAUAUAAUGAUGUACUCCAAACCGUUGGCAACUGUCCAAGCACUUCAUGUCCUUUAGAGACCUUUUUGGAGUUUAUUAAUGCAAGAGCUUUUCCUAAUAUCACUGCUUCUUGUAUGAUGAAUUAUGACACUGUUAACUGGGGUAGCUUAACAAAGCCAAGCACCAAAAGUAGUAGUAGUGAUGAUGAUUUCUUUGAAAGCCUUGACUGGUAUUGAAAUAAAAUGGUGACGUUGAUGAAAAGUAGACUCCGAGGCGAAAUCCCUAUGGAGCAGGUAGGACCCAUCCUGAUGUGCUGAAAGCAGGGUCUCUGUUUUGGUGCAAGUAGGCCUUCAGGCUUGGGGAUGCCUUGCCAAAGAGGGAAGUUUUAUUUCUCCCCCGAAGGUUUUCCCUCUCCCUGUCAGAUGGGCUAGACAGGUUUUGCCUACCACAUGUUUUUUCUCAUCGGAGCCAUUGGGACGCUAUAUAUAAGCGGCUCUAUCCAGGGAGAGCUUCAGGUGGGAAAUCCAAGAUGGCGUCCUAGGAUGGCACUUUGGAGCCGAGACGGGGCGGAUGGUCACCGCCUGCGUGAGCGCUUAUGGCUGGAUACUUAAUGACUUAACUUAACUUAACUUAACAUGACUGGUAUUGGUGGGUUGUAAUAUCUGUUGGAUUUGUGGUGGUUAUAAGUGCCAUUAUUGCUGUCAUUGUAUACUGUAUCAAGAAAAACAAAAAGAGCUCGUCAACUUAUGAAAGAAUGGACUUUAUUAACGAAAAAAUGGACUUCAAAAGCCCUAAACCCCCCCCCCCCUCCGUGAGUGAGCAAAAAAAUUUUGUUCACUCACGGAGGGGGGUUAAUUUUUUUUUUUUAAAAAAAAUUUUAUAUAUAAAUUUUAUAAAAAAUUUUUUUUUUCGAAAUUUAAAAAAAAUCCUAAUUCGCAAAAAUUGGGAAGCAGAUAUUAAUUUAAUUUAUAAAAUUUAUGUUUUAAAAAGCAAUUCGUUUAAAAUUAAACAGAAUUAGUUCUAGAUUUCAUUAUAUUAAUUAUCACUUAUAUAUCAAAAUUUUUUUCCAUAAAAAAAAUUUUUCUAUUAAAAAAAUUUUUGUUCACUCACGGAGGGUGGGUUUUUUGGUCAAAAAAUAGCGAUUUUUCUAAUGGUUUUGUUCACUCACGGAGGGGGGGGAGUAAGUAA